GCUCUGUGUGUUUGUGCUCCUGUGUACUGUAUGUGAGCCGCCCUGCCCGCCUCCCUCUGAUGGCUUUGGAAAUAGUUGUCAUGGUGACAUUUAGAUGCUGCUGAUAGGUUGUAUCGGCUCUUUGCCCAUGGCUGAUUGUUGUUUGAUUCAGCGUGGGCACAUGCUGAGUCAGUAGCCUGGUUAGUUGGGACAGCAGUGACAGACGUGGCACCAUGCAGCAGCACAGAGGCUCUUUGGGGGCUCCGGGGCCCAGUGAACGGGGCCGUGAGCGCCGUCACUCGGCCUGUGACAUCCUGUUGAGAGUGCUGCAGCGCACACGUGGCUCUGCUGCCGACUGUCGCAGAGUCAUGGGUGCGCUCAGUGAGGAGAGGAUCCCUGAUGAGUCCACAGCGAGGGUCCCCACAGCGAAGUACACAAAGAUGGGGGAGACGCUGAGGCAUGUGAUCCCGGGCCACAUGCAGUGCUCCAUGGCCUGUGGAGGGAGAGCCUGUAAAUAUGAGAACCCCUCUCGCUGGAGCGAUGAGGAGCAGGCCGUCAAAGGGCUCUACUCGUCCUGGAUCACUGACAACUUGCUCGCUAUGGCAAGGCCAUCCACUGAGAUCAUAGAGAAAUACAAUAUUAUUGAGCAGUUUCGGAGAUGUGGUUUAAAGACGGUCAUUAACCUUCAGCGGCCAGGAGAACACGCCAGCUGUGGAAACCCUUUGGAGCAAGAGAGCGGCUUCACAUACAGACCUGAGAUCUUCAUGGAGGCUGGCAUCUAUUACUACAACUUUGGCUGGAAAGACUAUGGAGUGGCAUCCCUCACUACAAUCUUGGAUAUGGUCAAAGUCAUGUCAUUUGCUGUUCAAGAGGGGAAAAUGGCGAUCCACUGUCACGCUGGCCUGGGCAGAACAGGUGUGCUGGUGGCCUGUUACCUCGUCUUUACCUCCCGGAUGAGCGCGGACCAGGCCAUCCUGUUUGUCCGCGCCAAGAGACCUAACUCCAUCCAGACUCGAGGCCAGCUGCUCUGUGUGCGCGAGUUCGCUCAGUUCCUCAUCCCACUGCGCAGCGUCUUCUCCUGCACCGAACCCAAAACCACCUCUGUCACCCUCUCCCAGUACUUGACCCGCCAGCGCCACCUACUGCACGGCUACGAGGCUCGCCAGCUCAAGCACGUGCCAAAGAUCAUCCAACUUGUGUGCCAGCUCCUCACUGACAUCGCGAAUAACCGUCAGGCAGAGAUUGAGGAACAGUGGCUGGAGAUUCCUGACCUCACCGCAGAGGUGGAGAAAACUGUUUCUCAACAGGCUCUGCAGCAGCUUGGUAACGAAAUGAGAGGCAAAGGCAUUCCAGUGUCACCUUGUCUAUCACAGCUGCCCAAUCCAGGACUUGUCCAGCCUCUCAAUGAUCUGUCUUUGAUUAGUGACAGUGAGCUGGACUGGAACAUCCCCAUCAGUCUGUCUCUUUCUACACACAAAAGCCUCAGCUAUAGUGACUCUGUCCUUCACAAACUCAACUGUGAUGAACUCUGUUUGGAAAGUGUGCACAAAAGGGUGCCAUUGACCUUCCUUCUACAUCAUUCAUUGUCCCACAGCAGCCUUAUUCCAUGUAACCAGCCUAAUUUCUCUGACCUCUCUUGCAAGAACUUUACCAGUAAACUGCAAAUGCCCGAAAUGCAAGUACAAAAACACACACAAUCCCCAUUCCUGAAGAAACGAUUACAGAAGGGCCAUCAGAGUUUGUCUUUAGAUCUGUCUGAACCAUUGAGAAACUUCUACAGUUAUUACACCAAUCCAGCCUCAGCGGUCAGGACCGAGGGAGCUGGUUCAGAGCAGCACUCGCAUGUGGUAGUGGAAAGGAGAGAGUCAGAAGACGUUUCUUUGAUAAGCCUUCCACCAGAGCUCUCUCCUGACAACAGACGUCUGCUCGUGGCUAAAGCUCUGGCCCUGGACCACGUAGACCCAGAUCUGAAAUCCAAAGUCUCAGUCUGGCAGACAGAACUGAACUCCAGGGAGGGUGCGUGGGAGCGACUGUGCUUGGAGAGAGAGCCUCUGGUGCUAUCAGCUCUAAUGUGGUCGUGGUUAGAGCAGCUGAAGGAGCCGGUCAUCAGCAGGGAGGAUGUGAAAGCGCUCAGCGAGUCCAAUGUCAACUCACAAGAGGCUCUUGACUCGCUGCAAAAGGGCCACAGACAGACCCUUCUUUGCAUCCUGGAAUGUGCAGCUAAUCUUCUGCCUUUACCUGAAGAUGUGGAAAGUAAAUUUCUCACUCGGACGAUUAAAGUGUUUACACGGAUCGACCCUGACUCUGACACAAACAAGGGCUUCUACUCAACACUAAAGUCUAUUUUGACUUCAAUUCUUCAUGAUGUUUGUGACAAAGCUACAAAGGACAAUGAGGACCAUUGAUCCAGCCUUAAAACAUCUUUUUAAAAUAAAAAGCAGGGUUCAUAAGGUAUUGUAUUGUGGGCAUUCUACUUUUGGUCAGAUCAAACACUGGUGAACUGUGCUAAUGUUCAUCUAUGACGUAGAAAGCUAUUUAAAGUUAUGUUUCUGUUUCAAGCUAUUAAUAGACCGUAAGCACUGCCAUUUUUAUCGAUGUGCCACUGUUGUGUUGUACUACUGUAAUGUCCAGGGACUUAGUCGUUUUUGGUUGUAAGGGAGAGAGAUGACUGAGAAGUGUUCUUACGAUCUUUUAAUGUAACUAUUUAAAUGUUGUGGGAAAGGGUUAUAAUUUAAACCAAAAUAUAUUUAACACUGUGCAGAGCAAAUGAUGUGUCUUAUUUAUUUAAAUGCAGGUAUUAGUUGUUAUGUAACCAGAUGACAAGUUGCUUUCUUGGCAUGUCCUAAUGUUUUUUAGUUUUAAAUGCAAACUGUUGCUACUUAAAAAGCAAUGCAAUUUAGUUAGACCACAGUGCAUUGGGAUUUCCCAAAUCAAUACCAAAAACUGUUGUGAUGUACAUGCACUUAUAAAAAACUCUACUCACCGACGGCCUCUUGCUGCUGUGACUAAAUCAUUUGCUUGUAAACAGCUUGAAACAAAGUUUCUGUGAAAUAUUUUUUCAUUGUUCCUUAAAAUAUUAAAAUAUUGACUGAGUA